AAAUGUUGAAGUAACAAAACGCGCCUCGGCUGCAUUCACCGUGGCCACUGCCAGUUCAGUUUUGUUAGAUUCGCGCUCGCGGUUGGUACACGGAAAAUAUGUGAAAGGUGCCUUAGACGGUUCUUAGAUCGCGGAUCAUCGUGUUGUUGUUUUUUUCCUUGCCGAUUUUCUUUGGCUUUGGUGCGGCGAGUGGUGAAGUGACUGUUCGCCAUUUCUGGAUAUGGAUUAAGAAAACAGAACUUUCCCUUGAAGAUGCUUCAAUAUUCCUACGAACAACUGGCAAUAAUCAUCUCGAUACCAAUAAUCACAAUCUUCCUAGUAUGGACCACAGCGGUGUUUUUCAAGAACUGUCGAAAAUGGGCCCCUUACGAUAUCCCUAUCGUUUCUCUCUUCGUACUGAGCAUCAUCAGGAACCUUACGAUAUUCUCGUAUGUCCUUGUGCUAACCUUGAACAAACACAUCUUCAACAUGGAGUACUGCAGUAUCUUGGUGUGGAUCUUCAACUCAACCCAUACCUUCCAAGCAAGUAACUUGUGUACUUUAGCUGUGAUAGGCCUCCUUUCAACAAAGCUGAAGAGGAAGCAUCAAACAUUAAAGCAUUAUUUGAACUCUUCACACGUGCUCUAUCAUUUGUUUUGUUUGGUGACACUUUGUGCGUGCGUUGGUGUGGCAGCAUUGUUGGCGAGGAAAAACUUGGGUGACGAUUUCGAAAACAUCACCACGUUCACCAUAAACCCAUGCAAAUUGAUGCCUUUUGAUUUGGAUCUAAAGUACAACGUGUUCAUCAUAGUCCUUCAUCUGUUCCUAACCUUCAUUUCGUUCAUAUGUUUCGUCUGCAUCUGUUGCAAUUUGUGGUCGAUGAAAACCAGGAAUUUUGAUUACAUCAAGAAGUCCAACUCGGACAUAAGCGAUUCCAGUUUUAGCAAUAAUAACACGAUAGGAAAUGAUAAGAGUUAUUAUGACACCUACUCCGUACAUCGCAGUAACCAUUGCCAUCAAAAUUUUUAUGUUAGCGGCAAUCAGAAUCGAUUGGGAUGUUGCCAAGAGAGGGAGCCUGGAUGGAACAGCGAUAUCUCGAAUCUAUCGACGACUGUCAGUUCAACGAAUUCUCGAAAACCCUGUAUAUCGAAAAGGUUGAACGAUGGGAAGCCGUACCGGAUGGGACUGGAAACCAUCAUUCCAAUUUUGAUCGUUUGCUACUUGGUUUAUCAUAUACCGAUAUUGAUUCUCUGUUUGUGUCCCCAACUGAUCUACCCAUGGCCAGUUGCAGGAGUGGUACUUUGGUUAGGACUCCUUCAAGAUAUUCUUCUUCCCAUUGGACUUGGUUUGGUCGAUUCGCGAUUCAGCAAUUGGGUAUCAGAUGCCUACAAAUGUUCUGGGAGCCACCUAGAUGAGAAACUUCCACAUGUUGGGUUAGAUGGAAAGUUUCGACCAUUUGGGAGUCAGCCUCAAAGCCUCGAAAUCGUCCAAAUUGCCCAAGAGAGGAACAUCAAGGUACUCCAAACAGUAGAACAUCGAUUCCCAAUAACAAAUGGCUCUCUUUAUACGAGCAUUGAUGGAAGAUUACCCGUUAUACAUAAUUAUCGCAGGAACAAAGAUCAAAGAGGUAUCAAACUAGACACAUCUUCCAACCCAUCACUUCACACAUCCCACUUGAAGAGGCCAGAUAUGCCACUCUUCAACUGUCCUAACUGUGAGACUGACCAAUGCCCGAGCCAUUCAAACCUUCACCAUCUAAGUCCCAACUAUAUAAAUCAGAAGCUUAAUGCCCUCCACCAGAACAAUAUGGUAUUCCAACCUCUCCCCCUGAGGAACACCAUUAGCCACGAGAGUCUGGGUAUCAAUAACAUCGAGGAAAAUCCAGUAUACGUCAGUUCUGGUUUGAACAACUCAAUAUUGAAGAACUCUAGAAACUUGGUUAGACUGAAUAGAAUGAAAUUGAGUAAGAGUGAAGACAGUUUGAGUGAAAUAAAGAUGAGUGCUAGUGGUUUGAGUAAUAGUAGUAAACCUUUGUUAACGAUAGUUGAUGACAAACUUAAGAUCAAACAAAGUAACGAACAAAUAUUGGACUACUCAAGUUCAGACGAAGAAUACGACGAUAAUGUUGUACAAACCAAUUUCGAUACUUUGAGCUCUAGAAGUAGUUGUUCUAUUACCACUGAAGCUAAUGAAGACUUUCAUUUCUAUCAAAGCUCUCAGAUCAAUCCAAGCAACGAAAAGAAAAUGAUAGAAAAUAUCAAUAACCAUUUGGAAAAGUUCAACAAUGAUUUGCUUCUAGCCAAAUACUCAAGAUGUGACACAAGCUUGGAAAGCUUUGCCCCGAAAAAUACCAAUUCCUCCUUUUUGAAGAGGGUACACUCAAAACGAUCUCUAGAAAACUUCCAAGCAUUUUUGGAGGAUCGACAAUAUUGUGAACAUGAAGUGAAACGUUCUAACUCUCGUAUGAGUUUGGAAGAUCGAAAUGAAAAGAAUAAGAAUAAGAAGUUAUUGAGGUCAGGUUCCAAAUUGUCAGAUUGUACCCAUACCAUAGGAAAGAAAAUCAAAUCAGUCGAGUAUUUGCCUAACACGAAUGCAAGUACUUGGGUGAUUGAAAAUUGUAAAUAUGUACAUCGACAGAAUUUCGAGAAUAAUGACAGACAACCUUUUCAUUAUGCUGGAAGUGUACCUGAUUUGAAGAAGGUCUUCAUUUCGGAGUAUAUUUAGCGUUCGUACAUAAUGAGAAUCAGAAGCUAUUUCCAGAAUCAAUCUAUCGCCAGGAUAUUUCUCAGAUCUCUAUCAACUACCAAAUUGAAGAUUCUUGUUCGAAAGAUAAUUCUGAUUUAGAACCAUAUCUUUUAAGUUUUUGUAUAUAAGUGAAUGAAUAUAAUUCACCUAUUUUUAAGAGUUAAGUUAUAACUUCGAAAUUGAAAGUUACAACCAGUAUUAUUCAAUAUUUUGUAAAUAUAUCAGAACUUAUUGAAGAACUUGUACAUUUUUGAAUAAACCUUUCAUACUUUUAAA